CACCAUCUUAUUAUUUUAAAGAAAAAGAACACCACAUUUUGGCACCCUGAACGUGGGGGUGACAGGCCCCUCAGUGGAUUUCAGUGGAGAAGAUGGCGGUCACAGUGAGAACUUUGCAGGAGCAGCUAGAAAAAGCCAAGGAGAGCUUAAAAAAUGUAGACAAGAAUAUCCGAAAACUCACGGGCCAGGAUCCUAAUGACGUGAGACCCAUCCAAGCUAGAUUGCUGGCCCUCUCAGGCCCUGAUGGAAGUAGGGGUUGUGGUAGUUUAUUGCUAAGGCGUGGAUUCUCAGAUAGUGGAGGAGGACCCCCAGCCAAACAAAGAGAUCUUGAAGGGGCAGUCAGUAGGCUGGGAGGAGAGCGUCGGACAAGAAAAGAAUCACGCCAAGAAAGUGAUGCAGAGGAUGAUGAUGUCAAAAAGCCAGCGUUGCAGUCUUCAGUUGUAGCUACCUCCAAAGAGUGCACACGUGGAGACCCUAUUCAGGAUCAAAAUAUGGAUGAAAAGGGAAAACAAAGGAAUCGACGUAUAUUUGGCUUGCUAAUGGGUACCCUUCAGAAAUUUAAGGAGGAAUCAACUGUAGCUACAGAAAGGCAAAAGAGGCGUCAAGAAAUUGAACAAAAGCUUGAAGUGCAAGCAGAAGAAGAAAGAAAACAAUAUGAAAAUGAAAGGAGAGAACUUUUUGAAUUAAGACAUGCUAAACAGACAGAACUGCGACUUUUGGAACAAAAGGUUGAACUUGCUCAGUUGCAAGAAGAAUGGAAUGAGCAUAAUUCUAAGAUAAUUAAAUAUAUAAGAACUAAAACAAAGCCCCAUUUGUUCUACAUUCCUGGAAGAAUGUGCCCAGCUACAAAAAAGCUGCUAGAAGAGUCACAGAGAAAAAUGAACGCUAUGUUUGAAGGUAGACGCAAUGAAUUUGCUGAACAAAUAAAUAAAAUGGAGGCUAGGCCUAGAAGACAGUCAAUGAAGGAAAAAGAACCUCAGGUGGUGCAUAAUGAAGAACAGAAGGCGGAGCAAGAAGAGGGUAAGGUGGCUCAGCGUGAGGAAGAGAUGGAGGAGACAGGUAAUCAGCACAAUGAUGUAGAAAUGGAGGAUGCAGGAGAGGAAGAGGAAGAAGUAGGUGCAGUUCAUAGUAAUGCAGAGAAAGAAUAGGAGGAGGAGCAUAAAAAGGAAAUGGACGUUAAAAUGGAGGAGGAGAAUGAGAUUAGGGAAAAAGAGAAGCAACAGGAUAGUCAGCCUGAAGAAAUUAUGGAUGUGAAAGAGGAGGGAGAAAGUGUCAAAAAUGUUGAUACAGAAACAGAGAAAAUGGAAACUAAUCAAGUUGAAAGUGUAGACCUUUCAGAAAAUGAGAAUAGCAAAGAAAUAGGACCAGUUGAAGGUGAAAUUCACCCAAACAAAGAGUAUAAACCUGUUUCUCCUGUGAAGGAGAAUGCUAAUGUUCCAGAAAUUGAAAAUGAAUCUGAAGAGAAACAAGAGAGAGUUACUUUGGAACAUUGACUGGGGUCGGAGGGGUGCACUCUGGGAGGA